AUGGUGUGCCCGCUGGCACGCGCGUGGUGCGCCCAUGGGGCGGGCAAUGGGGAUGGGGACAGGGUGGGGGAACAAGGGGAGGCGGGGGGAAGCGGGGGUGGGGGGGGGGUGCGGGUGGGAGAGGGAGGAGAAUGUGGUCAAGGGACGUUUCAAUGGCCGGUUGUCGAAUGCCGCUCUAAUAUCAUUCCUUCAGACCAACAUGUAAACUUGCUGGCAUACGGUGGUAAUCUUAACCGCUCCGACCAGCUGCUGACGUGGACCAGCUCCUCCUUGCCCCUCCCCCUUGCCCCUCCCCCUUGCCCCUCCCCCUUGACCCUCCCCCUUGCCCCUCAACCAUGCCCCUCCCCAUUGCCCCUCCCCCUUGCCUCUCCCGUUGCCCCUCCCCCUUGCCCCUCCCCCAUGCCCCUCCCCGUUGCCCCUCCCCUUGCCCCUCCCCUCCCCUCCCCUUGCCUCUCCCCCUUGCCCCUCCCCCAUGCCCCUCCCCCUUGCCCCUCCCCUUGCCCAUCCCGUUGCCCAUCCCGUUGCCCCUUCCCUUGCCCCUCCCCUUGCCCCUCCCCUACUGGAGAGGACCAGAUCUGCUCUCUUCAUCCGCUUGCCGCCCCUCCACUACUGGAGAGGACAAGCUCUGCUCUCUUCAUCCGCCUGCCGCCCGUCCAUCCGGCCAAAGCGGCACUCGGCUUCACGCUCCGCACUCCGCUACAGCGCACAGCGGCUUUCAGUGGUGGGGGGAUACCAUCGCUGAAGGAGUUGAAGGGGAACUGGCAACAGUCGAAACAUCAAUCGGCCAAACGGGAGCUCUGGGCGGGCAGAUGGGCAGGAGCCAUUGCCUGGAAAAGGGUUGUGAAAAUUCGGGACUCGCCGGUGACGCCGAACCGACCGCGGGAUGUGCUGCUGAGAAUUCACAGUCUCAACCUUCAGGUGGGCGAACGGCUUUCCUUCCUGAGUGGAAAGCCGGUCUGCCCGCAUUGCGGGGAGUUUGAAACUCUGGAACAUUGCCGAUGGGUGCAGUGGCCGAUGGGUGCAGUGGCCGAUGGGUGCAGUGGCCGACGGGUGCGGUGGGUGCUAGCUGGCUUCAUGGUAUGGCCGAUGGGGGCGACGGCUGUGGUGCCUGUGGUGGGGGCGAUGGGGGGCGAUGGCUGUGGUGGCAGCGAUGGGGGCGAUAUGGUGCUAAUGCCUCUGAUGCUGGAUGAUGGCGAGAGGACGAGGCAGCAGACACCCCUUUCGCCCAUCCGUCCUGUCGGCUCUGCUAUCUGCACACUCUUGGCAUUCGUGUGUGUGUGCUCAGCUUUUGUGGUCCGCACGAUGCGAAUCGACGGCUCACAGCUGCUGCACACGUGGCAGCUGUUUGGAUGGACCAUCAACACCGCCAUCCCCACUGCAUCUAUUGUUCGCGUCGACCUCUGCAAAAUGGAAUGGGCAAUAAGCAACAAAUACUUCUGUGAAGUAGCAGCAGCAGAUGGCAAGCAGCUUGAUUUCAGCGGGCAUCUGUCCAAAGAGGAGUGCGUGUGGCUGCAGCACGAGGUCUCCUCCUUCCUGCUCAGCCUGCCUGCGGAGUCCGUUUGA